AUGUGGUGGAGCUGCGAUACCAUCAUGUCUGCCGAUGAAUCUCAGGCCGAAUUUAACGUCGAUUACAUCUACCCGGGUUUACACUUUUUUCGACAAUUGGAAUACGGUGUAGAUUUCGAAAAAGCCACCGUUGAGCAGCGUAUUCUCGAACUUGUCGCAAAAAUCUUCAAUUCCGACAACCCUCCAACAACAGAUAACGUUACUCCGUGCAUAAACAUUCCUCGACGCCUAACUUAUCUCGUCAACAAACCCAACCUCAGAAUCUAUGGACAACUGUGGCGAUGGACACACAUCCGUAAACUCAGAGCAGAAAGAGAGUUGUCACAAUUUAAACCCGACAGAACAUGUUAUUCAGCAAUUCAUGGUGAAAUUUGUCUCAAUCCAUUACACUACUUGAGGAAGAGCCGAUCAACUUCAGGCCUCGCAUGGUGUCCACCUCUUCAUCCGUGGGCGACCAUCGCGUAUUACGAAAAGUCUCGCAAGUUAGAAACUUUUCAGUGUUUUCCACCUGAGAUUCGUGUAACGUUUAAUACCGUGCCUGGAGUAGGGUGUUUCAAUUUGGAGGGAAUUCAAAACGAGUUACGAGAGGACGAAGUGGCCAAUACGAGAAGACAAAUAGGAGACGGAAUUUUUCUAUAUUAUGAGAAUGGGCAGGUUGUUGUGCAACUGUUGUCUGACUCGGGCGUUUAUAUCCAAUCGAUUUAUUGUAAUAGGAUAAAAAAUCAUGGAGAACAUACUCUUCAUUGGUUACAAUCAUUUGAUUUAAGAUCUAUGAAACUGAUGGAUGAUGAUAAAUUCCAUAUCUUAUUGGAUAAGGCGGUACAAGAAGGAGUUGAAGCCGUCUAUGAGCUUGCAAAGAUUUUUACCAUACGAGUAGUUUUUGUGGACUACUGGAGUACGAAUACACCGGUUACAGAUUACAAUUGUUGGAUAGAGAUACGAUUAUGUAGACAGAUGAACUGGUUAGACAACGCUUUGCGACAAAUGGGGGCCCCUUGCGUAUAA